AUGCAUCAAAGGUACACCUGGCCCUGCAAAAACACUCAUAGUUCUUGGCAGAUCGACAACUUAGAAAAGCUCACCCCAGACCUAGAGGCUGGCAUGAGAAGGCUGCCGAUCUUCACAAAACUCUACAACUCAACUGGACGUGAACUCCGAAGAGCUCUCUUUUCUCUCAAGCAGAUUUUUCAGGAUGACAAAGACCUGGUGCACGAGUUCGUGGUUGCCGAAGGACUGACAUGUUUGAUCAAGGUUGGAGCAGAAGCCGAUCAGAACUACCAGAACUACAUCCUCAGGGCUCUUGGUCAGAUCAUGCUCUUCGUGGAUGGGAUGAACGGCCUCAUAUCUCACACUGAAACGGUCCAGUGGCUCUACACCCUGGUCGGAUCCAAGUUCCGUUUGGUGGUGAAGACAGCCUUAAAGCUCCUGCUGGUGUUUGUGGAGUACACAGAGUCGAAUGCUCUCCUGCUUAUAAAGGCUGUGAAUGUUGUUGAUGGCAAAAAAGGAACAAAAUCGUGGUCAAACGUGAUGGAGAUUCUUGAAGAGAAGGAUGGAGUGGAUACAGAGCUGUUGGUUUACGCAAUGACCCUCAUCAAUAAGACUUUGGCAGGUCUCCCAGACCAGGACUCCUACUACGACAUGGUGGACUGUCUAGAGGAACAGGCCAUCGAAGCCACUGCCCACAGACACAUAAGCAGAAAGGGCACAGACCUUGACCUUGUGGAGCAGUUCAACAUCUACGAGAUGACUCUACGCCAUGAGGAUGGUGAUGAAGAAGUCCAGCUUCCUCCCAGCAGCAGAAAGGAUCGCCGGCGGGCUAGCGUCGGUGGCACCAAUGAAAGACGGGGCCUGGAGAGAAGACGCAGCCGAAGACACUCACUCCAACACAACCGAGGCCACUCUUCUGCCCCAGCGUCUCCCAGCAGCCCACAUACUUCUACCAGCGGCUUCCUCCACCAGAAUGGUCAAAGUUUUGAAGACAUCAGUGAGAGUCCAACAGAAACAAACAACCCUCCCAUAUGUCACACAGAUAAAAGGCCCUGCUGGGCUGAAAGAAUUAGUGCCAAUGGCACUCCUUACCCAGGGCGACACCAGACCCCUACAUCACCAUCUCGUCGCUUCACUAACUCAGCAGCCUCUACCCCAGACAAACACGACAGACACACUGUGGGAGGUUUGUUAAGCUCAUCCUACAGACAACACCAAGAAUCACUGGCAGCAGAGCGAGAGCGCAGACGGCAAGAACGAGAGGAGCGUCUGCAGAGAAUCGAAAGAGAAGAGAGGAACCGCUUCAGUCGAGAUUACGUGGACAAAAGGGAAGAAGCCAGACAAGCCCGAGAGGAAAGGUACAAGGCUGCGGAGAGACUGGCUGCAGAGGAGUUUGAGCGGGAGCGACCCAAAGCACCCACGAGAGGACGAACAGAGAUCACGCUGUGUUUGAGUUCCAGCUCGGGCAGCCGCUCAGUGUCCCGCUGCGUAACCACCACUGCACAGGAAAGCACUGUAACCACUGCACACCAAACGUCAGGAACAGAACACAUCAAAGAAGCAAGCCUUGAACCUCCGACCAGAACCCAAAGUCCAGGGCCAGAGUUGACGGUCCCAGAAUCAUCCCCCACACCACAGACAGAGCCACAGAAACAGCAGACUGAGACAGAGUUGCAUGCCAAGACAGUAGACAGUGCUGAGUCUCAUCAGAAUGUAGUGUCAGAGCAGGAGUCGGGUGAACAGACAGAAAAGAAGGAAGAAAAGCCGGAGCAGGAGAAGCCUGAGGAGCAGAAAGAAUGCGGGGAUGAGGCGGCAGCAGCAGAAGAUGUGAAGAAAGUGGAGUUCACUGAUGUAGAAGAAUUAGGAGAGCGACAGGCAGAGGUGGAUGAGGAGCUGGAGGAAGAGUGUGACAAGAGUCAGACCGCAGAGAAGGAUGACGACAGCGUGCUGCUGAGUGAGAAGGAGAGACAGAACGAGGAGGUGAAUGAAAAGGAUAACUGUUCUGCGUCCAGCAUCUCCUCCACGAGCAGCACGUUGGAGAGGGAGGAGCGGGAGGAGAAGCUGAGCAGUGACAUUGACGCAGGCCAGUGGUCUCAGUGCAUUAAAGACACAGAUGUACACGACGAAUGCAACAACAUUCUGAACAGUAAGCGUUUCAUGCUGGACAUGCUUUAUGCUCAGACUACGACCAAUGAUGAAGAUGAAGAAAAGGCCGGAGAAACGGAGAAAGAAAGGUGUAAAUGUGAGAAGGAGUUGGAGGUCAGUGACUCUUCUGUGGCCAGUUUGGUCAGCAGGAUCUCCACACUGGAGGCCCACAGACAGGCAAGGGAGGAAAGUGUGAAGAAAAUGGAAGUGGGACAUCUGGACAACCAGGGCAGUGUCCGAGCAGUGGCGGAGAAGUUUGGAGACUUGGUCAAAGGGUUGACUCCUCUCCCAGAGGUGGAGGCCUCGAAAGAGCAGACUGAUAAAUCAUCUUCGAGUGCUGUGUCAUUAAGUUCAGCGCCGAAGAAAGAGUCAGAUCACAUCUGGGAUCAGCUGAUGGCUUCACCCAGAGAGCUGCGGAUCAAAGACAUGGACUUCACCGACCUGAGGGACGAGGACGACCUGGACAUUUUAGAUUUGGACAAUAUGAUGAGGCCAAGUGACCUCAUGCCACCACCUCCCCCGCCUCCGUGCAACAACGCCCUGCCACCACCCCCGCCACUGUUUGGGUGCCCCCCGCCUCCUCCUAUGCCCGGCAAAAUGAUGCCACCGCCCCCACCUUUCAUGGCCCCCAUGCCUCCGCCCUCACCUCAUCUCAGUCGAGGGGAGCCGCCACUCUUCCAGAAGAAGAAGAAGACCAUUCGUCUCUUCUGGAAUGAGGUGCGACCUGUGGACUGGCAGUGUAAGAGCCAUAAAUUCUGUAAAGAGUCCCUCUGGUCCAAACUGGAGCCAGUUAAACUGGACACGUCCAAGCUGGAGCAGCUGUUUGAGUCCAAGUCCAAGGAGCUGCCUGUUACAAGGAAAGCAGCAGUCGAUGGCAAACGACAAGAGAUCAUAGUCCUGGAUUCCAAACGCAGCAAUGCCAUCAACAUCGGUUUGACUGUCUUACCCCCGCCGCGCACCAUCAAGACUGCAAUCCUCAACUUCGAUGAGUACGCUCUGAAUAAGGAAGGAAUUGAGAAAAUCCUCACGAUGAUCCCCACAGAGGAAGAGAAGCAGAGGAUCCAGGAAGCUCAGCUGGUCAACCCUGAUAUCCCUCUGGGCAGCGCUGAACAGUUUCUUCUCACUCUGUCCUCCAUCACGGAGCUGUCCGCUCGCCUGCAGCUGUGGGCAUUCAAAAUGGAUUAUGAGUUUAUUGAGAAGGAAGUAGCAGAGCCUCUCCAGGACCUGAAGGAAGGAAUGGACCAGUUGGAGACAAACAAGACCCUGCGCCACAUCUUGACCACACUGUUGGCCAUUGGCAAUUUUCUCAACUGCACCAAUGCGAAGGGCUUUGAGCUGAGUUACUUGGAGAAAGUCCCAGAGGUGAAGGACACGGUUCACAAGCAGUCUCUGUUGCACCACACCUGCUCCAUCGUGGUGGAGAAGUUCCCUGACAGCACUGACCUCUACUCAGAGAUAGGAGCCGUCACACGCCUGACCAAGGUGGACUUUGACCAGCUCCAUGAUAAUCUGAUGGGUAUGGAGCGACGGUGCAAAGCAUCAUGGGACCACCUCAAGGUCAUCGCAAAACACGAGAUGAAACCGGCGCUGAAACAGAAGAUGUCUGACUUCCUUAAAGACUGUGCAGAGAGGAUUAUAAUUCUGAAGAUUGUACAUCGUCGAAUCAUUAACAGGUUCCAUGCCUUCUUGCUGUUCCUGGGCCAUCCCAUAUACACUGUGCGAGACGUCAGCAUUCAUCGAUUCAGCAAAAUCCUGAGCGAGUUUGCUCUGGAAUAUCGCACAACCAGAGAGCGUGUGCUGCAGCAGAAACAGAAGAGGGCCAACCACAGGGAGAGGAACAAGACUAGGGGAAAAAUGAUAACAGAUAGUGAGGAUGACGAUGAUAGUGAGAGUGGUAAAUUUGGUAGCCCCCCAGCAGAUGCACAGGACGGCCAGCCUCAGGGUAUCCAGUAUUCUGAAGAUGCAGCUGAACAUGAGAACAUGAAGGCUGUGUUAAAGAGCAACCUGCAAGGAGGAGAGGGCUGCACAUCCACGGUGCUGGGCCUGCGUACACGGACAAGAGCUACCAGUGCUAGAGGGCGUGUUUCUCCGUGGUGCUCAGCUAUUGAUGACCCAGUGAACUGUACGGAAGACACGGCUGAUGAGAUUAUGGAAAGGAUCGUUAGGUCAGCUACACAGGGGCCCAGCCAACGGACACAGCCUCGAGAAAGGAGACGAUCCCGGGUUAACCGAAAGUCAUGUGAGUUGUUCACUGCUAAAGAUAAAUUUUUCUGAAAAGUUUCUCUAAAUGCUCUCAUUUGAUGAGAAACAUGCAGACAAGAUAAUCUUUUGAAAAAAAAUUACCAAAAA